CAGUUAGUGACAGGUCAAUCAUGUUUGCAGCUGUGCUGUCUCUCGCCGUCUUGGUCAUAUCUACAACGCCAGGAGCGUCGACAAUGCAGUAUCCAAGCGGCAUUCAGAUGGUUCUACAGACGAGCAACGCUUUGAAGAGCGCCGUUCAGCAGAAAUCCAACCCUAAACGUUCUUCUAAUCAAGUCUACCUACAAAGAAGCGGUCGCAGCGUUGAGACCAAACGUCAUGAUGACUACAGUCCGUACACCAGCAAUCCGUACGAUGCCGGUCCUAUCGACAUGUGCAGCUAUCCUCAAGUAGACGUUUGUAACUUUCCUGACGGAUACACUGUACCCGAGUACGUCGCUCGAGAUGCUACUAGGUUUGAAGACAUAUUUAAAAAUCUCAACGAACUACUUCGAGAGGAGGAGAGUUGGACAUGUGCGAAGUCCAUGAUGAAUCUGGCGUGCAACCAUGCAGUCGCUCCUCGGUGCGUCUCCAAUACAACAGUUCGUUACCUUGGAAAUUUCAUGGAGGAUUGUCGAAAAGCUACUCAAGACUGUUCGAUGCUAUUGGAAGAGAUGCCAAACUUUUGUGACAUGCAAAGCCGAACACUUAUGAACGGAGGAGAGUUCUCUCUAACAAAGUGUCGCGUUCCGCUUGUCUCCGGUUGCACCAAUUCUCUUCCGUCUCCUGACUGGCAUGUCGCCUUCGUGGAACGUCUAACCUCAAAUUUCCCACUCAGCAUCACUGCCAGUAAACUGAAUCUCAACCAAACGUGCAAAAGCAAUUUCAUGCGUCUGGCUUGCACAGCACCGACAUGCGGGUCCAACAAUCGUCUGACGGGCUACAAGAGCUCCACUGAAUGUAGUGACGUUAUGAAUUGCAUCAGCGAUCCUGAAGUGAAGCAAGUUUUAGAUCAGAUUCUCUCUUGUGAUGCUGCGGACAAUUUUAGCAAACCAAGCGCAUGCGCUGGAAAGACUCGAUCUUGCCGUUCUGUUACCAAAGACAUCACUACGGUCAAUAAUUAUUGACAAGGAACAUCUAAAACUGACACACUACCAACUCUGCGACCUUCUCGACUAACUGUACUGCUGUAGCUAUAGCGUUUGCUGUUUCGUAGUCUCUAAUCUUAGCUAGUGUUUGUUGGUAAAACCUUAUAGCUCUAAAGACCUAUAAACAUUAGAAUUUACAAUAGCAACUGCAUGAGGUAAAUUAUAUCUCUAGAGUCGUAUUGGUAACGCUUGUGAUGGACUAUUAGCCAACAAUAUAAUUUCAGUUGGCAAAGG